CUCAACUGCCAAACACAACCGCACUCACUCAUCCUCUCUUUUCUCUCAUCUCUCUAAAUGGAACAAGUCCGUAACCCCAAAUCCUGUUUGGAAACUGAAAUUGAGAAUUUCGGAUUCUCUGAGAAGGAAAUCGGAUCCCAAGGCCUGAGAAAACAGAUUCUAAGGAAAGGAAUUUCAUGGAAAACUCCAUUUCCAGGCGACGAAGUAGAAGUUCAUUUCAGUGGUUGCAUCGAUGGCGGGGAACAUCUUGCUUCAAGCCGCGAUAAAGGAAGUCCGUUCAGGUUCAAAUUAGGCCAAUGUGAAGUUAUUAAAGGGUGGGAUGAAGGGAUUGUCACAAUGAGACAAGGAGAGAGAGCAAUUUUCACAAUACCACCAAACUUGGCUUAUGGAGAGGCUGGUUCUCCACCACUGGUUCCACCAAAUUCAACUCUUAUUUAUGACAUUGAAAUGCUUUCAUGGAGCACUGUCAAGGAUAUAACUGGCGAUGGAGGAGUAUUGAAGAAGAUAACAAUGGAGGGUGAAGGAUGGGCUACUCCUAGAGAUGCUGAUGAAGUUUUAGUUAAGUGCGAGGCACGGCUUGAGGAUGGAAAGAUUGCAUAUAAAUCUGAUAGUUUGGAGUUUCAAAUAGGUGAUGACUUUUUUCUGGGAGCGGAUCACGUAUGUCCUGCAAUAAGUAAAGCAGUGAAGACUAUGAGAAAGGGUGAAAGAGCAGAGCUAGCAGUGAAGUCCUCUUAUGGCUUUCAUCAAUAUGGCAAUGGCAGUGUUCCUCCUGCAUCAAAUUUGAUCGUCCAACUCGAGUUGGUAUCAUGGAGAAGUGUCAUUGAUAUUACAGGAGACAAGAAGGUCCUUAAGAAGAUCAUAAAACCCGGUGAAGGGUUUGACCGCCCUAAUGAAGGAUCACUAGUGAAAGUCAUCUACAUUGGAAAACUUGAAGAUGGAACCAUCGUUGAGAGGAAGGGAUCAGUGGAGGAAGCUUUUGAGUUCAUAACUCUGGAAGAACAAAUAAAUGAGGGUUUGGAAAGAGCUAUCACAACUAUGAAGAAAGGAGAACAAGCUCUGGUAACCUUAUGUGCAGGAUAUUUGAGUGGUCAAUAUGAGUCAAGUAUGGUCUCUUUCAAUUCAAUGGUCCAUUACGAAGUCGAGUUGAUUGACUUCACAAAGGAAAAACCGUUCUGGAAGAUGGAUUCGGAGGAGAAAAUUGAAGCUUGUGAGAGGAAGAAAAAUGAUGGGAACUUGCUUUUCAAAUCAGGAAAAUUUCCGCGUGCUUCCAAGAAAUAUGAAAAGGCAGCAAAAUACAUUGAGUUUGAUCACUCUUUCACUGAGGAUGAGAAGCACAGAGCAAAUGGUUUACGUUUAUCAUGUCAUUUGAACAAUGCAGCUUGCAAACUUAAAAUGGGGGACUACAUUGAAGCAUUAAGACUAUGUUCAAAGGUUUUACAAUCGGAUCCAUCAAAUGUCAAAGCUCUAUUCAGACGAUGUCAGGCAUAUCUAAGAAUAAAUGAAUAUGAAAAGGGCGAGGCUGACAUUCGGAGAGCACUAAACAUUGAUCCAAAUAACAGAGAUGUGAAACUUGAGUACAAACAGUUAAAACAAAAGCAAAGAGAAUCUGAGAAACAUGAGGCUGAGUUCUUCACCACCAUGUUAUCAAGGUUGGCUUAGAUUCACAAAGUUGUAAACAAUUGUUUUGUAAAAUUAGUGCCAGGUUUGGAUGCUGUUGCCGCAUUUGAUAUGCUGAUACAAAUUGAUCAUAUGCAGAUGUAUGCUACUGUUGCUCAAGUUCAUAUACAAAUAUGCUGUAAAACAAUGCUAUUAUUUAUGUAUCUACUGGUCUCAGGCCCAUGUAGAAACCGGUCAAAGCCCACUAGGAGUUGCUCUGUCAAACCCAAUAAUAUAUGAAGCCCAGAUAACUAGAUAAGUGUUUGGUGGUAGUGUGUUUGAUUUG